AUGUCAUCGCCAUUCCCAAAAUCGCUGAAAAACUACUUCUCAAAAAUCACAAGCCCUAGCAAACAAUCCCCCCUGAGACGGCGGAAAUCGCCGUCGAUAACUGCCGGAGACGGCGGAGAUCUGUCGGAUGUCGACAAAAGCCUAUUCGAGGAUUUCGGAUCGCUCUACCGAGAGGAGUACGAAGAAGGAAGCUCGCUUCCGCUGAACUCGCCGCGGCCUCUCCGCGGAUCGGGGCGGUUUUUCGUGGAGACCGGAUCGUCGAGGAGUUCGCGGAUAACCGACGACACGUUCUCCUCCUCCGCGGCCUCGUCGACGUCGGAGGAGCAGGCGGGCGGGGACUUGGCGGCGGAGGAUUUCUUGGUGCUGCAUAUGGAGGCGCCGGAUCCGUACGAUGCUUUCCGGCAGUCGAUGCUGGAGAUGGUGGAGGCGAGGAUCGAUCUUAAUCGGAGCGUGGAUUGGAAGUUUCUAGAAGAGCUGCUGUUUUGCUAUUUCGACAUGAAUAAAAAGAAAUCGCGUAGGCAUAUUUUGCGUGCUUUCGUUGAUGUGGUCGUGUUUUUGAGACAGAUCUCCGGUGAUUCUCAGGAAAGUCUGCCGCCGGUGGACGACGGAGAGUUGGAUGAGGAGAUGUAA